CCGUACAGUCCGAACAAGUAAAGCACGUCACUGUGAUCUAGUACUUUCAUUAAAUUGGCAAGUAACUUCGUAACCGGUUGCUUGCUGGAGUUCACUCUUAUUCGAGAUCUUCAAGUGAACGGUCGGUUUCUCUCCAGCUUCAAAAACUCCGAAAAUUCAUCAUGCCUAUUCCUGCACUGCAAAAACCAGCUCCUUCCUUCAAAGGCACUGCUGUUGUUAAUGGUCAAUUCAAGGAUAUCUCCCUUGAGGAUUACAAGGGCAAAUAUCUAAUUCUAUUUUUCUACCCAUUGGAUUUUACUUUCGUGUGUCCCACUGAAAUCAUCGCUUUCUCGGAUCGUGCAGACGAAUUCCGUGCAGUUGGAUGUGAACUCAUUGCUGCGUCCACUGACUCUCACUUCAGUCAUCUUGCUUGGGUCAAUACACCUCGUAAGCAGGGUGGUCUAGGUGAAAUGAAAAUCCCUCUUUUGGCAGACAAGAGUACUAAGAUUGCACGUGAUUAUGGAGUACUUGAUGAGGAGACUGGAAUUCCAUUCCGUGGUUUAUUCAUCAUCGAUCGCAAACAGAAUCUUCGCCAAAUUACUGUCAAUGACCUCCCUGUUGGCAGAUCCGUUGACGAGACCCUAAGAUUGGUCCAGGCAUUCCAGUUCACAGACGAACAUGGUGAGGUUUGCCCAGCUGGCUGGAAACCAGGCAAUAAGACAAUGAAGCCUGAUGUUCAUGCAUCCAAGGAUUAUUUCAAGGACACGUAAAGGAAAAACUCCUUAUGUAAUACAUAUUCUCAAUAGGCGAUUGCGUGUUCCACGUUCACUUUUCAAUCAGAAGCAUAAACCACGAGCAAAGAUUUUUGUAGAUCAGUGAUUGCAAAAAUUGGCAAUCCUCUGUGAGAUGAUAUUCCACUUGAUUGUACUUGUGAAAAUGAUAUUUUUUUUAAUUUUCUUUCAAUAAAUGGGUUUCUUUUUUA